AUGAGUGAUCAAACAACUAAAGAUGAGGCCGCAAAGACUCGCAUCAUCACUCACAUGAAUGCAGACCAUCAUGAUUCGGUCAUUCGAUAUCUCGAAAAUUAUCACCAUCUGCCAGCCUACCAGGCUUACCAUGGCAAGAUCACUGACGCUUCACUCGAGUAUAUCGCUUUUGAAUGUGCUGGCAUGAAGUAUAGGACGGCUUUAGACCCUCCCAUGACCUCUUUCCGGGAGGCUCGAGAGCGUCUGGUUCAGAUGGACAAAGAGUGCCUUAAGGCACUCGAUCGUAGCGACAUCACCAUCAAAGAGUACCCGGUACCAACGGGUCCUUAUCUCGCACUCUUCAUACUCGUAUCGACUGUAUUCGUGGCAUUCAGGACCAGAGCAAACUUCGAAACUGGAAGUAUCAUUGCUGCCAUUGUGCCUGGCUCUUUCGCUCGGUUCUGCUGGACGAUACAACCUUUUAUCUGGUACGGAAUGCUCGCCAUACAUGGAGCCGAGACGUGGCAUAUGUCGAGCGGACGCUUGAGGAAGCACAACGUCAACAUUCGAAGCCGAGUGUGGUGGUUGUGGAUGGCGACGACUUUCAUUGAAGGCGUCGGCGCAUACAACAGAUUCGAUAAGAUGGUGCAGGAGAAGAGGGCGGAAAAGGACAAGCAGAAGCACUGA